AUGGCUUCCUCUCAGGUUGAAAUGGCUUCGUGUGCACCAUUUGGUUGUGUUUUGAGGGAUCACAACCGGCGAGAUCGAUGCAGAGCAGAGAGUAAUGCCAGAGCCACGCAAACAGCAUUGCAACAGAACUUGAUGAACUUGGUCAGAAACCACCUCCAGACUUGCGUUUCAAUCUCUCCUGAAACCUCACAGAACCAACAAAAAAUCAACGAUCCAGAUUCUUCAUGGAUUGGCAACAAUGAAGAGGAAAGACAAAAUCCAUGUUUGGAUAAUAGUGGUAACAGGAAUGUUUGUUCAAUGAUUAGCUCAAGACAGGCACGGAUUCUCGGAAGGUCGGGUGCAAGAGAUGCUAAAGAAAUGGUGCCGACCAUUGAAGCACCACCAACAAACGACGUCGACACCUUGGGGUUGGCAAAUUCGGCAACUUCAUCACCAGGGCCAUCAACUUCUAGGAGAGAAGAUAACAAUGUUCUGGUUAGAUCAGAUAGUCUCGGUGAAAUCUCAAGCCUUAGGGCUUCUUCUCUUGUACAAAUAUGGGAGAGAAGGCUAAGCAAGUCUCAUAGUAUGAACUCCAAUGCAAGCAGGUGUGAUUCUGGCGCUAGUUGUAAUGAGAUUGCAUCCUCUGCAGCUUCAUCUGUUGAUGAAAGAUUCGAUGUUUGCCCCGCGACUGAGGAUUCUUUUUCGGCUUGGAAUGGCGAAAGGAAUGCCCAAAGCGAUCAACCAUGUUGUUCUUCGUCUCAAGAACAAAGUCUGGAUUCAGGAGAAAGUGAAAGGGUAAGAGUUGCAGAUAUUAUUAGGAGAUUCACAGCUGCUAAUCAGGUACAGAGUUCAUUAUCUUCUUUGAGUGAUGAUAACUCUAGCACCAAUGCAUCACCGUCUGGCGAGCACGAACGUUCCUCUACUCCGGAUCAAUUAGAGCACAGAGGCUUUUCUCCUGUUAGAUAUUCACCUCGGAUCAGAGGGAGACAGGCUUUUAAUGAUUUGCCUAUGCAAAUAGAGCGUGACAGGCAUGGAGAGCUUGAAAUAUUGGUCGAUCGCAGACUGGUUUCGAGAUUCCCACAAAAAGAUCGUGUGCAAUCUUUAUUGCGGCAUAGAUUGCUACAGAGCGGCAUUGCAAUUCACGAGCAAGAAGGCCCAGAAUCAAGAUCAUCUCAAUUCAAUAAACAACCACAAAGUUCUACCAUCAUGCAUUUGAGUAUCCCUCCAUCAAGAAGGCCUCAAAGGGAGAUAGCAAACGACACCAUAGAUUCGGACAAUUCUUCCAUCCCCAUUACACCUAAUGAAGGUGCACACAAUCAUGAAGCUAAUUGCACUGAGCAGCAAAGUCCAGUGCUUGAACAAAAUUCAUUGUCGUAUGCAAGUGAAGAUCUUCAAGAAAAUUUGAAUCCAAGUUCUGAUGUUACAUGGCAAGGAACAAUUUCAGAGACCGGAAACCUUGAGUCGCAAAAAACAACAGAUUCAACCACGUUGUUUGAUAGUUGGUAUACAAAUGAUGCAGCAGAAGAAGUCUGCAAUUCAGAGAAUGAGAUGUGUCGGUUACGCGAAAGACAAGUACGUCAAGAAAAUGAAGAAAAAGAUGAGGAACAAAACAAUGAACAAUUGAUGACUUUCCUGCAAAGGCGCGUGCAUCUAGCAGAAACUCAACAACAACAUCAACAAGAAUUGGAGGAGGAGGAACAAGAACAACAGCAACAACAACAUCUACAAGAGGAAGAGAAGGAGGAGAAUGAUGAGGAAGAGGAGGAAGAAGAAGAAGAAAUCGUAAUUAGUGGUCAAUAUCAAGAGGGCAGUGAUUAUAUUAACCAAUCCACUUCUUCACUGCAAAUCCCUCCAUCAUCUCUACUUGGUUCAUGGGGAUACCAGGACAACGAAGUGGGUGAUGAGUCUGAUCUGGCUACAUCCACAUCUCCAACUCCAUCUCCACACCUACAUUUACCUUCUCAAACUUACUAUCAUGGUACUACGCAAUGCUCUCCGGCCAGAAUUACUUCUUCAAUUGAACUGGAAGCGAUAUACGAUUUGAGAAGGCAUAUGGAGCAACUGUCUCAUGAAAUGUCUGAGCUGAGAAAAUCAAUGAAGGUUUGCAUGGACAUGCAGAUGACCAUGCAACAAUCCAUUAAACAGGAAGUUAAUUCAGCUCAAGGAGAAGGAACAUCACGUGAAGGGGCACCAAAGAAAGGCAAUUGUUGUAUAUGCUACGAGGUGAAAGUUGACUCACUUUUGUAUAGAUGUGGGCAUAUGUGCACUUGUCUAAAGUGUGCACAUGAGUUGCAAUGGAGCAGUGGAAAAUGCCCAAUUUGUGGAGCUCCAAUAGUGGAUGUUGUGCUGGCCUAUAAGGAUACAUAG